AUGUCGCCAUAUGCCCUAGUCUUCAGAGAAGCUUGCCAUCUGCCUCUCGAGCUGGAACACAAGGCAAUGUGGGCAAUUAAAAAACUGAAUUUUGAUCUGUCAAAUGCGAGGGAAGUCCGGAAGUUGCAGUUGAACGAGUUGGUCGAGUGGCGAAUGAAUGCCUACGAAAAUGCCAAACUUUAUAAAGAGCGAACCAAGAAAUGGCAUGAUGACCGCAUAAGAAAGUUGAAGUCCUGCUGGUCUGGGCCAUUCUGCAUCAAGACUAUCUUCCCCUAUGGCACAGUGGAGUUAACAAACGAGGAUGGAAUCAGCCCAUUCAAAGUCAAUGGUCAACGAAUUAAGCCCUACUAUGGGGGCAAUGUGUAA